AUGGGGAUUAGGGCGGAGCUGAUAAUUCACUCCUUGUCCCCGUACCGGUCGGGUAUCACUGUUAAUCCCAUCCCCGCCCCCGUCUCCGCAAAGGCAACCUCCGGCUCCGCACCCAACCCCAUCGGGUAUCACUUUGAGCAGAACUCAUUCUGCUUGUGCGAGCUGUUUGAUGUUGUGCCCCUUGCCUGCGAGGCUGUGGUUAUUGCAUCGACAACUUGCUUCUUCUCCUUUCAGCUCGUCUAUAUAACGAUUCUUGUUCAUGGCUUGUCACAUCGUUGCUUUUCCCGCCUUUCUCCGAUACAUCGUUUCUUUCCUCUUUCUUCCAACGUUAGAUUUUCUCUGCUACGGCACUGCUAUAACCUGACGGACCAUCAUCGUAACCUCAGUAAAACUGUAUUCUCUCCUGUUUUACAUUCAUGUACAGACCUAAAAACACUCAAACAGGUCCACGCUCUUAUACUGUGCACUGGGUUUCAACCCAUUUCUUCUGCGCCCAAACUAAUUACCCUGUAUACCCAGUUCGACGAUAUCAAAAGUGCCGUCUCUGUUUUUAGGUCCUUGCCGGAAGCCAAUACGUUCACGUGGAAUUCCAUCGUUAAAGCUCAUGUUGAUUUUGGUUUGUUCAACGAUGCUCUUUUCCUUUACCGAGAGAUGCGAGAACUGGGUGUUUCACAUGAUAAUUUUACGUUUCCUGUUAUUCAUAGAGCCAUUUCGUCGCUCGGGGGUCUUCUUGAUUAUGGAAAAAUGGUUCAUAAACUCGCAAUUCAGAUGGGAUUUGACUUAGAUAUAUAUUUCUGCAAUACAGUGAUUGAGAUGUACAUUAGAUGUGGCUCCGUUUUCUCCGCCCGUCGGGUGUUUGAUGAGAUGUCUCACAGAGAUUUGGUUUCUUGGACAUCGAUGAUAUGUGGUUAUGUUUGGUCUAGAGACAUUGUUAGUUGUUUUCAAUUAUUCCGUGAGAUGCAGAUGAGAGAGUUGGAACCGAAUUCGGUGACGCUGAUGAUUAUGUUGCAAGCAUGUUCUCUCUCUGAGAAUGCAACUAAAGGGAGGGAACUUCAUGCUUAUGUGAUCAGAAAAGGGUUAGAGAGUAAAGGAUCUCUGCAGAACUCGAUCUUGACAAUGUAUGCUAAGAUGGGAAAUAUUAAAAAUGCAGAAAAUCUUUUUUGCAUGACCAACAAGAGGGAUAUUAUUUCGUGGAAUAUCAUGAUUUCUGGUUAUUCCAAGAAAGGAGAUGUUACAAAAGUGGCCGAGAUCUUUUCGAAAAUGCAGAUUGAAGUGAACCCUAGCCUUGAAACAUUAUCCUUGGUCAUCUCAGCCUUUGCCAAGUGUGGGAAUCUUCUUCAAGGUGAAAUGAUAUGUGGUUAUGCAGUCAAAACUGGACUCUGUGACAUAGUUCUGCAGACCGCUAUAGUGGAUCUUUAUGCGAAGUGUGGGGAGUUGGAUAUAUCAGCUCAAUUAUUCAAAGAAACUUCUCAGAAAAAUAGAAUCACUUGGAGUGCUAUGAUGUCGGGUUUUGUUCAGAAUGGGUAUUUUAAAGAAGCAAUCGAGUUAUCUCAGCAAAUGCAAAUUGUGGGUCUGAACCUUGAGCCUGACAUCCUAAGAAACCUUGUCCUUGUAUAUACUCACCUGGGUGCUCUCCAAUUGGGUAAAGGAGUCCAUGGCUACAUGGUAAGGAAUAUGUUUUACAUCUCUAGAGAAGAUAGUGCUCCCAUGGAAACCUCCAUCCUUAACAUGUAUGCAAAAUGUGGUAGCAUAGUUUGGGCAAGAAGGUGUUUUGAUCAAAUGGUUGUCAAGGAUGUUGUAGCAUGGAGUUCAAUGAUCGAGGCCUAUGGCACCCAUGGGCUUGGUUUUGAGGCUUUGAAACUCUUUGAUCAGAUGGAGAGGGAAGGGGUCAAACCAAACAGUGUCACCUUCUUAAGCUUACUCUCUGCGUGUAGCCACUCUGGCCUCGUGAGUGAAGGUUGUAGAGUUUUUGGCUAUAUGAGGCAGAGAUACAACAUUGAACCUGAUGUAUACCACUACACCUGCAUGGUGGAUCUACUUGGUCGAUCAGGAAAACUCCAGGAAGCCCUGAGUAUAAUUGUGAACAUGGUGGUGAAGCCUGAUAGUCGGAUCUGGGGUGCUCUUCUUGCUGCAUCUAGGGUUUAUUCAGAUGACAAAAUUGGGGCAUAUGUAGCACAACGAAUCCUGGAGUUGGAACCUGAUAAUGCUGGUUAUCAUACUUUACUGAGCAAUGUCCAUGCCAGUGUUCAGAGGUGGACUGAAGUGGAAACUAUUCGAAGGGCCAUGACUGAGAAAUAUUUGAAAAAGAAACCCGGUUGGAGCUGUAUAGAAGCAGGAGACCUUCAUGGGUUUGUUGCAAAUGAUGGAUCAUGCCUUAGAGUGGUAGAAAUGCUGAAUUGAUUGACCCUGCAGUUAAGGGAACUCUUAAUGUUCUUCACUCCUGUGCGAAUACUCCUUCUAGAAGAGUGGUCAUAACUUCCUCCAUUGCUGCAGUUGCAUACAAUUGGAGAUCUCGGACUCCUAACGUGGCAGUUGAUGAGACUUGGUUUUCUGAUCCAGAGUUUUGUAGGGAAACAAAGCAGAGAUGGUAUGUACUUUCAAAAACCUUAGCUGAGGAUAUUCCUUGGGACUUUGCAAAGAACAUGGAAUUGACAUUGUUACAGUAAAUCCAGCAAUGGUGAUUGGUCCUCUUUUACAGCCAACUCUUAAUACAAGCACUGCCGCAGUUCUGAACUUAAUAAAUGGUGUAUAGAUGACAACUUAUAUACCAACUUACCAAGUAUCCAAGGAGUGAGUGAAGAGCUUGGGCCUUGAAUUGGCUCCUCUUGAUGUGAGCCUCAAGGAAACUGUUGAAAGAUUGAAGGAGAAAUUUUUUGCUAGUA